AUCAGUGUCGAAUUGAAUAUAUUCAACAUAUUUCGAAAAUAUCUAUACCAUCCAUCGUGGCGAUGGACUUAAUAAAAUAUCUACUUUGUAUAGUCUCCCUACUUGCGGUUAGUGAGGCAAACUAUCAUGGUAACUACUACUGUAAAGACGGUAAGGAUGUAAUGGUCCAUCUUUUCGAAUGGAGAUGGGAUGACAUUGCAAAUGAAUGUGAAAACUAUCUGUCCAAGAACGGUUAUUGCGGAGUUCAAAUUUCACCUCCCAAUGAGCACCGUAUAAUAAUUGGUGGAGACGGUUAUAAAGAUUACCCUUGGUACCAAAGAUACCAGCCUGUCAGUUAUAAGUUAAUAAGUAGAAGCGGUAAUGAGGAACAAUUCAGGAAUAUGGUUAAACGUUGUAAUGAUGUUGGCGUCUACAUCUACGCAGAUGCUGUUAUCAAUCAUAUGACCGCUGGGGGAAUCGGCGUUGGUUCAGGCGGCUCAAAUUGGAAUGGAGACAAUCAAGAUUUUCCUGGUGUACCUUAUAGCGACUGGGAUUUUCACGGUCGUAAUGAAUGUCCAACAGAGGAUUUAAAUAUUCAUGAUUAUAAUAAUCCUCAACAAGUGAGAUUCUGCAGAUUACUCGGUCUCAGAGAUCUUAAACACUCCAAAGAUUAUGUUCAAGAGAAAAUUGCCGAAUAUUUAAAUAACCUUAUAUCAAUCGGUGUUGCUGGCUUUAGAAUUGAUGCUUCUAAACACAUGGAAGUUAGUAGAAUUGGAGAAAUAUUGGGUCGUCUUCGUAAUCUUAACACAGAAUGGUUUCCAGCUGGAACUAAGGCGUUUGUUUUUCAAGAGGUUAUAGAUAUGGGAAGUGAGCCUAUUAAGGCGGAACAUUACUUCCCUAAUGGAAGAGUUACUGAAUUUAAACAUUGUAAAGAGCUUGGAGAUGUUAUUCGAAAGAACAACGGACAGAAAUUGAGAUAUCUAAGGAAUUGGGGACCAGAGUGGAAUAUGAUGCCUGGUAUGGAUGCAAUUAUCUUUACAGAUAACCACGACAAUCAAAGGGGACAUGGUGCUGGCGGCUUUGGCUCUAUACUUACUUUCUUCGAAGAUCGUCAAUACAAAAUUGCUAAUAGCUUUAUGUUGGCCUGGCCUUAUGGCUACAUUAAGAUUAUGAGUAGUUACAGAUGGAAUAGACAAAUUGUUGAUGGUCAAGAUAGGAACGAUUGGAUCGGACCACCAAGCAGUCCCCCAGGCGUUACAAAGCCAGUAGAAUGCUUUGGUGAAUGGGUUUGCGAGCAUAGAUGGAGACAAAUUUCAAAUAUGGUAAAAUUCCACAAUGCAGCUGUUGGUACAUCCGUUCAAAAUUGGUGGGAUAAUGGAGAGAACGCUAUAGCGUUUAGCCGAGGAAAUAAAGCCUUUAUCGCCAUCAACAAUGAAAAUUUUGCAGUUGAGGAAACAUUCCAGACUGGACUUCCAGCUGGAGACUACUGCGAUGUUAUCAGUUCCGAAAACAAUCGACCACCCUGCAGUGGUAAACCUAUUACUGUAAAUGGUGAUGGAACCGCCCGUGUUCGAAUUGAAAAUGAUUCUGAUCCAGUCGUUGCAUUACAUGUUUAA